GAAACUACAGAAAGAGGAAACAGCCACAAACCAGAGAGAAAACCGAGGCAGAGAAGUGGAUUCUAUAACAAGUACAAUAGACUUAUUACAAAAGAUUAUAAAGAUUCAAAAAUUUAAUUCAAUAGCAGACAAAAGUUUUUGAGAAGAUCAGUGAAGCUUUAGUUCAGUACAGAAUGAAGAAUUUCUUUUCCUUCAUAACCUUCUACCUGAUCUCAGGUUCAGUGCACUGCUUUGAUGUGAUCAGUUAUCCUGGAGGUCAUGUCAUAAUUUACUUCAUGAAUCCACCAAUCAAGUCAUCUGUGCAUUUUUGCAAAUUUAAAGCAGAGACAGAGUGUAAAUAUUUGAUCACAGCUCGGGUCUCAGAGUUAAACAACCUGAUUCAUAACGACAGAAUUGCUCUGUUGUACACUAGAGGAAUAAUUACACUGAGGUACAUAAACCUGAGUUUACAGGAUACUGGAAUGUAUCAGUUUGGAGAAUUCAGCGGGUGGAAUCGCAACAUUAACCUGAAAGUGAACAGUGAUCCAUGUUGUAGUGGGACAAAAGCAGUCACAGGUCAUUUGGGACAGAAUCUGAUGAUCAGCUGCUUCUAUCCAGUAAAGUUUGAAACAAACCCCAAGUCCUUCUACAGACUAGAUGGUUUCAAUGGAUCUGAACUGAUCCGUACCAGUGGAACAGAACAACACCAGGACGGCAGGUUCUCCAUUUCUGAUGACAGGAAGAAUAAAGUUUUCAGUGUGAACAUCACUAAUUUGAGAAAAGAUGAUGGAGGACUUUAUUCCUGCGCAUUUACUGAAGACAUGAGUUUAUUCGGUUAUCUGUCGCUCUUCACAGUAAUUCAGCUCCAAGUUACUGAAGUAACAAAAGACACAACAGAGAAUACAGAUGGCACAUCAGACACAUCUGAGUCUGGAGGAUCCACAUUCAUCAUCAUCAUCAUCAUCAUCAUCAUCAUCAUCACUGUGUGUGUCUUUGUGCUGCUGAUUGGAGGAUUUGUACUCGGCUACAAGUUGAGACACAAAACACAAGAUUCUGCCCCUUUAAGCCAGAGAACAGAAACAAAUAACACGGCUGCUGAUUAUGAAAACGAUCUACUUCAGAUUCAGAACAUCAUGAUGUCUCCGGUCUACCAAAGCCUAAUUCCCAAUACAAACCAAUCAGAUUCAGUCUACCAGAGUCUAGAGGCUAACACCAACCAAUCAGAUUCAGUCUACCAAAGCCUAACUCCAAGCACUAACCAAUCAGAUUCAGUCUACCAAAGCCUAACUCCAAGCACUAACCAAUCAGAUUCAGUCUACCAAAGCCUAACUCCAAGCACUAACCAAUCAGAUUCAGUCUACCAAAGCCUAACUCCAAGCACUAACCAAUCAGAUUCAGUCUACCAAAGCCUAACUCCAAGCACUAACCAAUCAGAUUCAGUCUACCAAAGCCUAACUCCAAGCACUAACCAAUCAGAUUCAGUCUACCAAAGCCUAACUCCAAGCACUAACCAAUCAGAUUCAGUCUACCAAAGCCUAACUCCAAGCAUUAACCAAUCAGAUUCAGUCUACCAAAGCCUAACUCCAAGCACUAACCAAUCAGAUUCAGUCUACCAGAGUUUAGAGAGUAACACAAACAAUCAGAUUCAGUCUACUGGAUUCUAGACAUCAACACCAACUAACUAUCAUCAGUCAGAUUUAUUUUUCUGGAGCUUAACUCUCAAAACCAUGUUAAACGAAAGCAAUGUAAAACUUUGUAUCCUGUUAUCAUCUAAACCUGUAAAUGCAUUCUGCACAUGUCCAGACACUGGGAUGUGAUUCUAUUUUUUUCUAAUCUUGUGUAUUUAUUCUCAACAAUGUUUUUUUUUCUAUCUAAACUUGGCAUUGUGUACAUAUUCUGUAUUUAUACAAAAAGACAGAAAAUGUGUAAAGGAACUAUUUCUGCUUUAUCAAUCAGCAAUGUUGUUCAUGGGAAACAUUCUUAAGGUAGAUUUUUAUAUUCAGCUAUUUGUUUUAUUUAACCAGUCAGAACAGUAAUAUGAUUUCAGCUGAAUUUUAUUGCAGACCGUCUCCCACUGGUCAUUUCCCAACAUCCCCACUAGUUAGCUCUUCUCAUCACACACUUGCAUGUGAUUCCUCCAAGACACAUGAAGACACUGCACUUUUCCAUCUUCUGUUCAUGCUACAUCACAGGGCAGCUGAACAUCUCUUACUCAUACGUGAGCUCAAAGAACCACACAAUUGGUCAAUGUUACUCUGAAUUUCAGGGGAAGAAGUAACACCAUCCCUCCCACUCAGACAGCACAGCCACUUCUCUCAAAUUUCCAAACACUGAUGGCUGUGACAUCAUCAAAAUUUACGUCAGAAAUAAACGUCAGAUUUCUCAGUAGAAUUUUUUUUUACAGAGCAACACUGUGCAUUAACUAACUAAGCAUGUUUGUAUAUAAAGCCUGACUAACAUAAUAGUUGCAUUUUUUUUAUCAUGUAUAAUGGAUUUUUUACAACUUCUGCAACAAACUACUGCAGAUACGCUUGUUUAAAAAUAAAUGUAGCGUGUCCAAUAAUUUAAUAAACUAAUUUAAUAAAGAAAAAAGAUCCUUUUGCAAUUAAUCAAAAUAUUUCAUUUUCUUUGAUAAAUCUUGCACAUGGUCAUUAAAUAAUUUAAAUUGUUCAAUUAAUUAAAAUUAAGAGAGAAGCUUAGACAGUGUAUGCAGUUGAAAAUCUACAUUGCAGUUUUUAUCAUCUAAUUUCCUAUAUUUAAUCUGUUAAAACAUAAGAUUUCCCUAAAUUAAGCAGCCAACCAUAGUGUGAAGUUGUUAGGAGCUCCUGGGACAUUUCAGUACCAGAUUACCAGAAGAUGCUGGAAGUUAUUUCUUCAUAACUGGCUUUUCUCUUUGUUCCCCACAUAAGCUGUGUUUUACUCUUCCUUCCACCAACCGCUAUCAUGCCACCGGUUCCUUAUUUACCCGAAUGUUUUGCCCUAUAUAUAUAUCAGCCCUUCUGUGUCUGUCUUUUUACAGUAAGUCAUUUGUGUUUGCAUGAUAUAGUCGGAAGUUUUUCCAGGUCAUUCCUAUGUUUUUUUAUUCAUGUUGUAUUUGUAGGGACACGGUGGCUUAGUGGUUAGCACGUUUGCCUCACACCUCCAGGGUCGGAGGUUCGAUUCCCGCCUCCGCCUUGUGUGUGUGGAGUUUGCAUGUUC